UCCACGCUCACGCACAGCCCAGCCCAGCCAGGCAGAUCAUCCCCAGCAGUCGGAGAUCACGGCGGGCAGCCCCGUCCGAUCCGCCCGCGACCUUUUCCCCAUUUCCUCGCCCAGCCCGUCCGCGGCUGUCUGCGCCGCCGCCUGCCGCGGCGUCGCUCCUCCCAACCCAAGUCCAACAACAGCGUCCCUAAUCGGCCGCGCGUCUCCAUACAUAUCCCCACGGACAUCUCCCGGAAAGCUGAAUCCGUUUCGCCAACAGCAGCCGCGGGGAAAAGGAUGAACCGGAUCCCGUCCGUCUCGCUGCGCGGCGACGCGGCCGAGGCGGACGCGGCGGCGCUGGCGCGGUGGGCGCGGGCGUUCUGCGUCAUCCGGUUCGACCUGGAGCGAGGGCAGCUCGUGGAGGCCUGCUUCCCGCCCGACGCGCUCGCCCACGGCGGCCUCGACCGCCUCGUCGCCUUCUCCUCCUUCCCCGACUCCAUGUCCCACCACCUCCCGCGCCAUCGCUCCUCCGUCCACGACUCGCUCUUCUCCUUCCGCAUCCCGGACCCUUCUCCUUCCGCUUCCGCCGGGGCCUCCCGCCGCGGCUUCCUCUACGGCUUCGUCUUCAACCGCCAGCGCCAGGACGAGCGCCUCCCCCGCGGCGGCGAGCAGAAGUCUGUCGUCAUACUCUCCCACGCGCCCUACUCGUCCCUGUUCCGGCUGCUGCUGCAGAUCCUCGGCCCUCUCUGCUUCGACAUCGGCCAUACCGCUCUCUCGAUGGUGGCAUCACAUGUUGCUGCCUGGCCCGCGCCAGCCCCUGGGUGCCCCAUGGAGCUCCCCAUUGGCAGUGCUGCUCUCCGAGUGCAUCUCCCGCCUGCCGCUGACGACCCCGGCCCGCCACCAGCGCUGUUACCGGCGAACCCCUCGGUGCCAUACGGGCUCUUCCACGAUGCCGACCUGUUUGCCGCCUUUCGCGGCUUGCUCCUCCACCUGUGGACGCUCUGGGAGCUCAUGGUGGUUGGCGAACCCAUACUGGUUGUCGCCCCAUCGCCCCCUCAAUGCUCUGAGGCUGUGGCUGGGCUUGUUAGCCUUGUUGCUCCAAUUUUGUACAGUGUGGAUUUCCGGCCAUAUUUUACUAUUCAUGAUCCAGAUUUUGCUCGCCUGAAUGCACUUGCAGAAGGCGAAGUGUUCCCGCCGAUGGUGCUUGGCGUGACAAACUUGUUUUUCUUGAGGAGUCUUAAGAGCAUUGCCAAUGUUGUGUCUGUGGGAAGCCCGAAUCCAAAUUCUACUAGGGUGCUCCCAGCGGGUGGUCAAUCGCCAGCAUCAGCAAAUGGAGCCAAUGGGACGCCUGGGAAGCUCAAGCUUGACAAGCUUGCUAUCAAUAAGUUCUCUCCAACUGGUCUAUUGAAUUCCAUCAAGUUGAGAAGAGAAGGCCCUCUUUCUCUCAUGACAGAGCAUAGAGAGGCACUAUGGAGCACAUAUGUGACAACCACAAAGCCAGAUACGUCUGUUCUAAAUAGGCUUAUUGAUGCUGGUGCUUCACCGAGGAUUGAGGAGUCCAUGUCGGUUGUCAACAACGAGAUUUUGCGACGGCAUUUCUUGGAGCUAACAACAAACUUCUUAGCCCCUUUUGGGCCAUAUUUGAGAACCACCACACCAUUGGAAGGGAGUUCUCCGUUUGUUGAUCCACCAUUACUUCCACCAUUUCAUGCAGAUGAGUUUGUCAAUGGUUUGGCUGCUAGAGGCCCAGGGAAAUUUUUGUCCAAAAGGAUGAGAUCCAAUUGGUUGGAUCUAUAUAGGAAGUUCUUGGAAGGCCCUAACUUCAUGCCUUGGUUCCGACAAAGACGUUCAGCUGCAGAGCAAGAUCAACAGAGGCUCUGGAAGCAAGCCCGCAUGAAUGUUGACAUUGAAAAGUUAAUGUCAAAGAUGUCUGAGUUGGAGAGGAUUGAUUCUUUUAAUGUUAUUGAGCGAUAUCUUCUCAAAGAGAUGGAGAAUUCUGGAACAGCUUCUGCUGAGUCAACAGCAGCAUGUCAGAAACUGAAGACAGAUCUCCAAGUAGCAUUCAGUGUCCUCCCAAAGGACAUGCAGCAGCUGCUGCUGUCCAACCCUAAAAGAGCCGUGCUUCUUCAAGGCAGCCAAGAAAAAGUCCCAGGGUUCGAUCACAUUGUCUCUCAGACAAGUUUGUAGCGUUUUUUUUCUUUUUCUUUGUAACAUUACUAUUGCAAUUCUUUUAUCCACAGUCCAAAAUUCAAUCAUUUUUUUAUACAUGGCUGCUGGCUUUGACUAACAA